AUGGCCGACUACGGCCAUGAUCCCACAGAGGUUGCAGUCCCCUACCAGGCCUUCAAAGAUGCAGGAUUCGACGUAAACUUUACAACCGAAACGGGUUCAAUGCCCCGCUGCGAUGCCCGGAUGCUCGAGGGCCUCUCCCAGAAGCUUCUUGGCGCCGCGGCCUCCACGAAAAAGCUCUAUGAUGCUAUGGUCAAAUCCGCCGAAAUGCAGGACCCCUUGUCCUGGACUUCCCCGGGCUUUACGCUCGAUGAUUUCGACAUUGUGCAUAUUCCUGGCGGUCACGAUAAGGAAGUCAGGCAGCUCAUGGACUCGACCACUGCUCAAAAGCUACUGGCCGACUACUUUCCCCAGACCAAAAAGCCGGGCAAGAAGAUUGUCUCGGCUAUCUGCCACGGCCCGCUGGUGCUCUGCAACACCAAGGGUCAGGACGGCAACAGUGUCUUGUACCAUUGUACGACGACGGCCUUGCCCGGAUGCUUCGAGUCGCUGGCGUACCAGGGAACCAGGCUGUUUCUGGGCGAUUACUACAAGACGUAUGGUGCGGGCACGGAGAACGUCGAGGAUUCGAUGCGCAAAGCGGUGAAAGAUCCCAGUCAGUUCAAGAGCAGCUGGGUGCCCAACCGACCGUUCGUCUUCGUCGUGGAAGACACAGAGUACAACUACAUCAGCGCACGCUUUCCACCCGAUGCGGCAAAACUAGCCGAAAUGACUGUCAACCUUGCCCAUCUCGUCCACGUUCAAGGCUUCAAGGGUCAAGACCCGACUCCGGCAUAA